AUGAACCCGAGCGACGCGCCCGCCCAGUCUUUCCCCGGGCCCGUGCAAUUCCCAGGUGGCACCACCGUCUUAGUGGAACUGACUCCGGACAUUCACAUUUGUGGACUAUGUAAGCAACAGUUCAACAAUCUGGAUGCGUUUGUUGCACACAAGAGAAGCGGCUGCCAGCUCUCUGGUACGGCAGCCGGGACCACCAGUACGGUGCAGUUCGUGGCGGAAGAAAUGGUACCGGCAACACAGACUCAAACCACGACUAGAACAAUCACUUCGGAGACCCAAACCAUUACAGUUUCUGCACCAGAGUUUGUUUUUGAACACGGCUACCAAACCUACCUUCCUGGUGAGAACAGCGAGCCUCCAGCCACCAAUGUGACCACCACACCACCAAAGCCUCGCACCAGAAAAGGCACCGCAUCAGCAGCUCAGAAGAAACUCAGUUGCUGCUAUCCAGGCUGUCAGUUCAAGACAUCCUAUGGUAUGAAAGAUAUGGAGCGGCAUUUAAGGACACACACAGGUGACAAGCCCCAUAAAUGUGAAGUUUGUGGUAAAUGUUUCAGUCGCAAAGACAAGCUGACAAUGCAUACGCGAUCCCACACUGGGUUUAAACCUCACAAAUGUAAGCAUUGUGACUACGCAGCUGCUGAGAGCAGCAGCUUGAACAAGCACCAGCGCAUACACUCCAACGAGCGCCCUUUCAAGUGCCAGAUUUGCCCUUAUGCUAGUCGCAAUUCCAGCCAGCUGACCGUACAUCUACGAUCCCACACAGGAGAUGCCCCCUUCCAGUGCCGUUUGUGCAGCGCCAAAUUUAAAAUCAACUCUGAUCUGAAGAGGCACAUGCGUGUGCACACCGGGGAGAAGCCCUACAAGUGUGAAUUCUGCGACGUGCGCUGCGCCAUGAAAGGGAAUCUGAAGUCGCACAUCCGCAUCAAGCACAAUAUGGAGAACACCUUCAAGUGCCUGGAGUGCGAGUUCCAGUGUGGGAACAAGACCAGUCUCCGGCAACACCUGCGCACUCACCAGCCCGAGCAGCCAGUGAAAUGCCCCGAGUGCAGCUACUCCUGUUCCAACAAAGCCACCCUCAAGGUGCACGAGAGGAUCCACUUCAAGGAUCGCCCCUUCAAAUGCAAGUUCUGCAGCUUCGACACCAAGCAGCGCAGCAACCUGACCACCCACAUGAAGAAAGUGCACCGAGAGAAAGUCAAGGUCAAGAAGAAGACCGCGGAGAAGACGGAAGGAGAUGGGCCCAAGGAAGGCGGCGCCAGGCAAGUGGCCAGGCUGGAGGCCAAGAAAGCCUUCAAGUGUGAUCUUUGUGAAGCCUCGUUCGUCCGGGAAGAUUCUCUGAGGAGCCAUAAGAGGCAGCAUGUUGAAUAUAAUGGGGCAAAAAAUACCGAGCUGGCCGUUCUGCAGUUCCAGAUGGACCCAAGUAGGCCAACCGGGGCUCCUAUUACAGUCAGUCAUCUCCAAGUGCCGCUGCAGGCGUCGCCCUACAGUGAAGGGCAAGUCAAGAUCAUCGUCGGACAUCAAAUGCCUCCGGCUGGCAGCCUCGUCCAAGCGGCUUCAGUCAACAUCGUGCCUCCCACCUUAAUAAGCCAGAAUCAGGAAGACCUGCCGGGCAGCGGUCAGUUGCAAAUACUGCAGCAAGUGAGCUUGCUUGCACCGCCUCUCCCCACGGGGUCUCAGGCAGAAAGCAUUUCGGUAGGCCAACCCGCAGUCCUCCUGACGACCCAUGAUCAAGCUGAUGGAGGCACAGCACACCAGACUCUAAUUCCUGCCCUUCCCGUGAGCAGCCAGGAGGCCUCCGCUAACCAGGCGUUUAUCAACGGUGCGGGGAUCAGCUGCUCGGACUUGGAAGGGCUCAAUGCUUUGAUUCAGGAAGGGGCAGGGGAAGUGACAGUGGUGAGCGACGAGGACCAAAACAUCACUGUGACCUCAGCCCCGCCCGUCUUUUCCUCCCCGGCUCAUCCAGAUGUCUCAAAGCAAACCUACUCUAUCAUCCAGAGCGGAGCCCAUGCAAGUUUGCUCUGUCCUGCGGACUCCAUACCAGAUUAG